AUGGUGGAGAACCACACCCAAGUCACCUGGUUCUGCCUGCUGGGACUUACAGAGCAGGAGGAGCUCAAAGGCAUCUUCUUUGUGCUCUUCCUGCUCAUAUAUUCAGUCACUGUCAUGGGCAACCUGGGAAUGAUCACUCUGAUUCAUGCAGAACCACAGCUCCACACCACCAUGUACUUCUUCCUGGGUGUCCUCUCCUUCAUAGACUCCUCAUUUUCCAUGGUGGACACCCCCAGGCUGCUGGAGAGCUUCCUCAUCUCAAGCCAAUCCAUCUUUGCAAGCUGUGUGGUCCAGAUGGCCCUCAUGACCCUCCAUGGUACUGCUGAGUGUCUGCUCCUGGCCAUCAUGGCCUAUGACCAAUUCACCGCUAUCUGCCACCCUCUCCUCUGUCACACUAUUAUGUCCCAACAUCGGUGUGUCCUGCUGGUGGUGACCUCCUAUACUGUUUCUGUUGCCAAUUCAGCUUUGCUGACUGGGUGCAUUUUUAAACUGCCCUACUGUGGCCCCAAUGUCAUUAACCACUAUUUCUGUGGCAUCCCUCCUGUGCUUCAUCUUGCCUUUUCCUAUGCCUACAUCCUGGUGCCCAUUUGCAGGAUGCGCUCCCUGCAGGCCCAGAGCAAAGCUCUCUCCACCUGUGCCUCCCACCUCACCAUCAUCUGCUUCUUCUAUAGCACCAUCACCUUCACGUAUGCUCAGCCAAGCUCUCACAAUUCCAUGGAACACAACAAGGUCAUGUCUGUCUUCUAUACUGUGAUCAUCCCCAUGCUGAACCCUCUGAUCUACAGCCUGAGGAAUAAAGAUAUAAAACAUGCUUUGAAGAGGAGAUGCCUGUGA